UUUUUUCUUUGUAUGAUAUUGUUAGUGAAAAUUUAAAACUAUUAAAAGAAAUUGAAAAAGAAAUUGAAAGAAUUAAGCCAGAUUACUCUUCUACUGAAAAAAUUAAUUCAGCACAAGAGUUCUUUUAG